UUAGUUAGCUACAAUGAAGAGCUAUCAGGUCUUUAUGGUGGAGUGCUAGAGAGCCAAACCCAGUUUGCAGCAGCUUGCAUUACUCAGAUAUUGAGCUUGUACAAAAGUAAUCGUUUUACUAAAGCUGUACCAACAUCAGUUAUACUUAUUGGACAUUCUAUGGGUGGAAUUAUAGCCAAACGAUUAUUGGCCUAUCCAAGCACAUUCAACGCGACGUCACUAGCCAUAACAUUGGCAGCCCCAUUGGAAGCUCCUGUAGUCAAUGUGGACUCCGCCAUAGAUAAUUAUUACAUGUUAAUGGACCUAGAGUGGAAAUACAACAUUAAUGAACAAAUAGAAGCGAAGGAACAGAAGAUGUUGCUCAGUUUUGGAAAUGGCCCUCGCGAUGUUUUGAUGCCAUCUGGCUUAACUCAGUCAAAUGAUAGUUAUAUCAAUGCUUUGACUACAGCAAUCCCAGGUGUAUGGACUUCACCAGACCAUGUGUGCAUAGUUUGGUGCAAACAACUUGUGAUGGUAAUAAACAGAUACUUAUUCUCUAUUGUGGACCCUCACACGGAACAACUGAAUGAAGAUCAUCAAGUAUUGAAGUUACAAGCUCGUCGAUAUUUCCAGGCUAAUCGCUCAAUGAUUUUGAGCCCAGAUAUUCCUCGCGCAAAUAUGACCAUGGUUGCUGAUGCUUUCUGGUAUGAGGACAAUAGAAGGAUCUAUCAAAUAGCGAGACCGCAGAUAGAGAAAAUGACUUAUUUAAUGAUCCGCCUGGUCGCCUUCCCACAAAAUAGAUUUGUAGCCGUAGAAGCAAUCAAUCUUGAAGAUAGUGAGUGGAUAUUUGGAUGCAAUGCAAAAUACACCUACUUCUCAUAUCGAUACUGUAAAAACGCGAUAUCUUUGGGAGAAUUGAGCCGCUGGACGGGUGCCGCUGCUGACUUUGGCAAACGUAAACUAGCUACGAUAAACUUACAUAAAAUUAAGGAGGCGUAUCCUGAUUGGUCGCACGUUAUCGUCAAAGUUUCCCCUACUAGGAAGCCGAUAGUCCUAAACGUCGAUAUAAACGACCAUGCGUCACGAGAGAUUAAAGUGGACCUACUCUCAGAAAUUUUCUUUGGGAAGUACACUAUAUUAAAAGAGACGGAACCGGACAGUUUGUACUACGAGGUCAUAUUGAAAGACUUCAAUCUAAUACACCAGGCUUAUCUCCUACAUGUCGAACCUACAGCGAGUUGCAAAGCGACGCAGUAUCACGUAUCGGCUGAGUUACAUGUACCGUGGGCACCAAACCAUGAAAACUAUCAUUACUUUACCCACAUGAAACAAUCGCCGAUGAAGUUGAGGUUGUACAGAAGUAGCCCCAAUGCGACACAAGGUUUUCAUACUACAGAACAUGCCAGAGUAACUUUACUGCUAGACCCACAGUGUACUUAUACCAUAAGUAUAUCAACAUCUUGGUAUCUCAGACUAGCACAGUAUGCUCGCAACUACAGCCCAGUGCUUGUUCCCUAUGCUGUAGCCGUUUUACUUCUGGCUAUAAGAAGCAACAUACUACAUUUACAACAAUAUGGACAUUGUAUGUCAUUGCAUAGCGCUUUAAUGAGCGAAGGCGUCAAGCCGUAUUAUGCUCUUGUAUUCUGCAGACUUGGGGCUACAUUUUUCUUAGCGAUUCCCUUUAUGUCGUUCUUAUUCGAGAGCGCAAGCUGGGAGAAUCCGGAGUUACGAUACUUCAUAAAGUCCUUACUGGUCUUGCCAACUUAUAUGACGGCGUUGGGCAUUGUCAACAUUAUGGUGACCGUUUUACUCGCGACUUUGGUGUUUUCCUCGCAGAUUGCACAUAGAUUGCUGUUUAGAAUAAUGUGGCGAGGUGGCAGUGGUUUAGCGGAGAAGGUGGCGUCAGGUCUCCAGAAAGUACCGAUGGUGGUCAGCGCUGGAUUACUCUGUGCCGUGCCGUUAUCUUGUGGAGCUGCUUCCCUCGUCGCCGGCGCAGCCUUCUAUGCAUUUAUGCUAUCAAAAAUGUACGAGGAGUACCUAGAAGAUUACGUAUACAAACUAAUGGCGAAAGUAGGCUCCAGAAUUUGCUACAUGUUUAAAAAGAAAAAGACAACUGUACAUGUUUCUGAAACUAGUCUUAUCAAAGAGGAAUUAUCUAGUCAAGAAGGGCAAGGGGACGGGAAUAAGGAGACUGAUGUGAUGUUAGACAACACAUGUCCAACAUCCAUGGAUGAUAAGGAAGAGAAGCAUUCGGAUGUGGAUGAGGAUCUCAGCGCUUUGAACUUCCACAUGAUGAUGUUUUGUUUGUGGUUGGCGGUGACUCUAAUCAAUGUGCCCGCGUUACUCACGUGGGCUAGGAAUUUUUCAUACAGCAUCGUACUGAAGCCUGAUACUUCGUAUAACAUUGGUUUAAUUAUGUCAGCCUGUUCUACCUGUGUGUGGCAGAUGAAUGGACCCAGGAAGAAUUUGAGACACUACGAGUCUGUGACGGCUCUACUGUUUUCGAUGGCUGUAUUUCUAAUAGCUUUGGGCCCGCUCACCCUAAGUCUUGUCAACUACGGUAUAGCACUUAUUUUCGCUGUAAUAACUGUACAGCAGGUAUGUGAUAAAGAAGAGAUUGUACAAAGAAGCGACGAAAACAGCGAAAAUGAUGACAACGAUAACACUGAAAAUGACACGGAAAAGAUGAAUAAUCAGAAUGAAUUUGAUGAGAAAAAUCAAGAGGAUAAAUGCGAAGGGAACAACAGUGAUAAAACCAGUGAAAGUUCGGAAAUGGAAGACGCCGUCGAACAUUGCGAGGUUUGCAGCGAGAGCAGAAUAUUCAACGUAAUCAAACGAAUUAGAGACAAAAUUAGUUUUACAGAAAACUUAUAAAUGAGUAUCAUAUACCUUUCCCUAAACAUUGCGGAAAUUUUAAAAGUUGUUUAGUUGUACCGUGAGUAGACUUUAAAAUCUCUCGAGUAGUAUAAUAGAGUAGGUAUGUGUCAAAGUUAUUUGAUUAGAAUGUCUACCUCGAAUUACUACCUGUUGAAAUUUCUUCAUGAGAUGUAUUGUAUUAAUUUAUGAACAUAAUAUGGAAAUGAGAAAGUGAGCUGACGAUGAUCAGGGUCGUGGGAAAGAUGUGGAUAUCUACAGAAAGACUGGCAAAAUGGUGCAUGCGAAGGAGACUUCCACUCUGCAGUAAGUGGAUGAAAGGUUGAAGGAGAGGAGCGUGUCUUAAUUACCAGUGAAUAUUUUUUGGAAGUUUUAAUUAUGCAUUUUUUUUAAAUUAAAUAAGAAAAAUUGCGUACUCAAUAUAUUUUUUUUAUUCUUAUGAGGAUGUUGCUAGUGGACCAUUCUCAAGGUUUUAAAUUGUUACAUUCUAAUUAUAUUCACUGUUCGAAAAGUUUUACAAUAUCCUUAAUACUUAUUGCAAAGCUUAAUUGCACUUACAGGCUUUUAGAUAAAGCACAAUUUCCAGUUUAAUGUUACCUUUCUGUCUCGAUUAGAGGAUAUAUGAGAUUACAUAUUAGAAUAUCGGAACAUAAUUAUUAUGUUCUUAUGUUUAAAAUCUAUGUAUGUUACAAAUGUAGAGAUUAUCUUAUCAAUGUUACAUUUUAACAAAAGAGGUAUUUUGAUGUUAAAGCCUCGUAUACACUAGACAAUAUGUUGAGUUGAGUAUGAUACUCAUAUUGUACCUUAAAUAUUGCCUAGUGAACACGAGGCUUAGGGCACUAGAAAUUUUAACGUUAUAAGUAUAUAGUAAUGUUUAAAAAUAAAUAGUUCUAGUGCCUUAUCUGUAGUUAGCCAAUUUUGUAGAUCUCUAUUCUACUAUAUAGGAUGAACAAAUUCAUAUAUCUCAUAUCAAUCAAAUAUAUAUAGAAGGUGUAAUUGUUUCAGACAACACGGGAAUGUAUACUUAUGAGUGAAUAGCUAUCUGAUGCCACAGCUCUUGAAUAUAAGCUCUGAUGUAGGUUCAACUUUUAUGAACUGUUAGUACAGUUUGUAUGCAUGUUUUUUUCAAACAGGUUAUGUAGGCCAUCUUACUAAUAUAAUAUAUUUAUGGCGAAUGUUUGUGUAUCUUUGUUAUUCAAUUGCAUUAAAACAGCUGAAUGGAUAGGGAUGAAAUUCAAAACAGGAGAACAUUAUGGUCUGGAAUAAUACAGGCUACUUUUAUCCUAUGAGAAUGUGGGCGAAGCUACUGGCUGAAGCUAGUAUAUUAUAUUUCAAUUUAGUAUACCUCACAAGUUACAAUAGUUAUUUUUAAAAAAACCUAAUGAUAUUGUCUUACUACCAUUAUAUCAAGAAUUUCAUGAAUCUGUUAGAUAAUAAUAAAAUUUAGAAGAUGUUAUUUAAACAAUACUGUUAGAUUUCUCUGAUUAAUAUUUUAAAUGAAGCAAUAAUGUAAGUGAAGCUCAAAUUUUUGUUUUUUAUUUGUAUAGUAUCCUAUGAGUGUGUGUUGUGAAUGUUAAUUUAAAAAGAAAUUCAGUAAGUGUUAUAUUAUUUUUUUAUAUAAUCUAUGUUUAAUAUAUUCAAUAUUUACAAAAACGUAUUCAUUACAUAGUUUACUGAAUAGCAUUAUUUUAAAAAUCUUCUGUAGUUAAUAUAAAUAAUAAUUAUUGUUCUCAAGACGUCACAUAUCUGGCAAGUGAAUUUAAUGUAGAAUUAUGUACCUGCAAUAAUUUAAAUGAAUGUAUCUACAUAGUUGGUGAUAUGUUAAAACAUGAUUAUGAUCAAUUAAAAUUCAGUAUAGCCGUUUCUCUUGAAAUAUGUUUUUUUACUCUUUACUUCCAUUGAAACACCCUCAAAAUACAAAAACGAAUUGACAUUAUCUACUGGUAUAAAUUGAUUGACGGUAAUAACAAUACUUUCACAAUAGAAAUG